AAAGACAACGUCAAUAUCGAGAAACCCAUUGAAUACCAACUGCUGUACGACUGGUUAGGAAAGGGUCUACUAAUCAACGAUAACAGCAAUCUAUGGCGUGAGCGCCGGAAACUACUCACACCUGCCUUUCACCACAAAAUACUCGACCAAUUCGUACCCAUAUUUAACAAAAACACAGACAUAUUAUUGGAUCGGCUCCGGGAGUCCACCGCCAAAGACUGUGUAAACAUUUGCGAUCUGGUAUUCCCGGCCGCGCUCGACAUUAUUACCGAGACCGGAAUGGGUAUGAAAAUAAACGCACAGCAGAACGAGAACCUAGAUUACAUCCAGGCCAUUCAGGAUAUGGGCCGCAUAUUGCACUUACGUAUGUUUAACCCAUUAUUACGGAUCAAUUGGCUUUUCAAACGCACACAAUUGGGCCGACAAUACGACCGUAACCUUAAUGUCUCGCAUACACUCACCCGACGUGUUAUUCGUGAGCGAAAACAGUAUAUAAUAGACAGUAGGGAUAGAGAGGGCUCGCAUACCGGGGCUGACAUCGACGGCCAUAAACGUGGUAAACGGUUGGCGUUUUUGGAUCUGCUAUUGGGUCAGCAUUUAAGCGAUAAUAGACUGUCGUUAGAGGAUAUCCGCGAAGAGGUCGACACCUUUAUGUUCGCCGGACACGACACCACUGCAAUCUGUCUAAGCUGGACACUCUACUUUAUCGGCUUACACCCGGAAGUUCAGCGCCUGAUACACGACGAGUUAGACCGGGUUUUGGUGGCCAAUCGGGACGUAACUUACGAUGACAUCAAAGAGUUGCGAUAUUUGGAGUCAACACUCAAGGAGUCAAUGCGUUUACGACCGCCGGUGCCGGCGAUUAUACGGGCGCUCACACACGACCUACAGCUCGGCAAUUACAUAGUGCCCGCCGGUGUCUCGCUAUACCUCAUGAUAGACACUCUACACGUGGACCCGACGGUAUACCCCGACCCGUUGGCGUUCAGACCCGAGCGGUUCCUGGACGAGGCCGAGUGCGCCGGUAGGCACCCAUUUAGUUACGUACCCUUUUCGGCCGGUAUACGCAAUUGUAUUGGUCAGAAAUUUGCCCUUAAUGAGUUAAAAAUUGUA